GCCUAGUAGAAACACCAUGGAAGAGUCAGGAGGCAGGCCACGCUACCCUAAGCAGGGAGGCCGGGAGAGGGGCGCGGUGGCAAACGAGGCAGAGGCCUGGAGGAACCAGGACGCUGGGAGGGGAUACAGCCCCAAGCCAGAGAGGAGUGGCCAGGGGAAGAGGGGACGCCCCAAGAAGGGAGUGAUGGGACCCCUCAGCAGCUCCCCUGGAGGGGGGGUGUUCAAGGGGGGCCAAAGCCCCUCUCAGAGGGAGGGUUUCCAGAGACCCAGGUACAAAAUACACUUAUUCCUAAGACUGAACAGUUAACAUUUCCCAAUAGGAAAAACAUGUCACACUAAGUUGCCAUGCUAAAACUUUGCAGGUACCCGGAGAGCCAGCAGGUGGAGGGCCUGGUCGAGGGCAGGGAGGAGAACUGGAGAGAGCGCCCCUCACAGCGCUGGAGGAGAACGUCUCAGGGAGAGGACCCAGGGGAGGACAGGGAGCAGGGACGGAGAGACAACACUGACAACACACCUCACAGCUCAGGUAGAACCAAACAAAGACCUGGGUUAUCUUCAGUAGGCAUGGGGUGGUGUUACCUAUAGGUUAUUUGCAUGGGGUGCGUUCCACAUUGCAGCCGAUUUUAAAGGCGUGUCGAGACUGACUGAUUGACAAGUCAUCUUGCAUCAUAAAUAACUACUUAAUAUUAGUUGUAGAUCAGUCAUUCACAAUUUACCCACAAUUUACAUGGCUGUGGAGUCAGGAAGGUGUGUGAAUGACUAUGGGUAACGUAGCUUGGUUUCUCCAGGGGGGAGGAACUGUAGGUACCGUGACCGGAGGCGGGGUCUAGGUGAGGAGGACCGUGGGCCGGUGGUGGAUGAGUCAUCUCUGUCAGCCAAAGAGCUGCUGGGACUGAAACAGGCAGAGGAGAAGAUCGGCAGAGAGGAGAUCUUUCGUCUGAAGAAGGUGAGGCGUCCAUCAGGAGGGGAGUACCGUGUCACUCCACUCCCAUCCUUCAGUAUUCCCAACGUCAUACAUUUUGUUCUGGACCCGCACGCGCACAACUGAUUCAACUAAUCAGAGGCUAAACUUACUUCCUGAGUCCUCUACGGACACUGUGAGCGCGUUCCUCUGGCCAGGCGUUGCCGACUCAUGCCAGAUCUUACGAUGCCUGCAUAGUUAUUUUACGUAUCAGCUGACCCCGUCACAUGUUAUAGCCGUCUGGUGCCUGGCGGCGCAGUCGAUGCAUUGGUUGAUGCAGGGGAACGCGACCAAUGGCACGUCUCUCUCUCUUCUCCCUGUCUCAGAGGUCCCGCAGUAAACCCAGUGCUGUCUACACCUGCUCUCUGUGUGAGGUACUUCUGGACUCUGUCUCUGAAGCUCACAGACACGUCAAAGACAAGUGGCACAAGAGGAGAGCGAAGGUGAGAACACCUACUAAUUACUACUCACCUUCUAUCUUCCAAAACAAUGAUUACAGACACGAUAUGUAUUUAUUAUUAUAUGACCCCUAUGUGUCUCUGUGUUUAGGAGCGUCGUGAGGAGGCGGUGCUGACGGAUCUCGCGCCCCCUGGGGUGGAGCAGGUGGUGGCGGUGAGCGUGGCGUUGGAAGGCGUGGUCAGAGAGAGGGGGAUGAGUGACCAGGAUGUAGAGAACAGACGACAGAUUGUCUCCAACAUGCAGGAAGUCCUGAUGUCUGUCCUGCCUGGUGAGAGAACGCUGUGUGUGUGACUAGAAGUCCUAACGUCCGUCCUGCCUGGUGAGAGAACGCUGUGUGUGUGACUAGAAGUCCUAACGUCCGUCCUGCCUGGUGACAGAACGGCCGGAGUAGACUAGCGGGGUAGACGAGUCCAGCCGUACAUACUGUUGGUUGGUUUUGCUCCUAGCAGAACUCCCUAAAGACCUUAGCUUGAAAAACAAUAUUACGGGUUGUCCCUCUUGAGCCACCGUAGCAACAACAUAGCCAGUAACACUUCCUCAAAAUAGUCUGAAUUAAUCUAAGAUAAAUCUGCCGAGAAGGGCUUAGUCGUGCGAUUUUCCAUCUAACUAAGAUGUUUGGUGAGAGUACUUCUAAACAUGUGCGUGAAAACUAGUAGUGUGCCUCUCAGUAGGGCCCAGCUGAUGCUGCCCUCUCUCCUCUCAGUAGGGCCCAGCUGAUGCUGCCCUCUCUCCUCUCAGUAGGGCCCAGCUGAUGCUGCCCUCUCUCCUCUCAGUAGGGCCCAGCUGAUGCUGCCUCUCUCCUCUCAGUAGGCCCCAGCUGAUGCUGCCCUCUCUCCUCUCAGUAGGGCCCAGCUGAUGCUGCCCUCUCUCCUCUCUCAGUAGGGCCCAUGAUGCGCCCUCUCUCCUCUAAGUAGGGCCCCAGUGAUCGCUCACUUACUCCCUCAGUAGGGGCCCAGCUGAUGCUGCCCUCUCCUCUCAGUAAGGGCCCAGCUGAAAACUCUCCCUCUUUCCUUCAGUAAGGGCCAGCUGUAUGCUUGCCCUUUCUCUUCAGUAGGGCCCAGUGAUGCUGCCCUCUUAACUCUCAGUAGGGCCCAGCUGUGAUAGCCCUCUCUCCUCUCAGUAGGGGACCCAGCUGAUGUGCCCUCUCCUUAACAGUGGGCCCAGCUGAUGCUGCCCUCUCUCCUCUCGACAGGGCCCGCUGAUGCUGCCUCUACUCCAUCCAGUAGGGCCCGAUGAUGCUGCCCUUCUACCUGACUAGGGCCCAGUGGAUGCUAUGCCCUACUCUCUAGUAGGUGCCCAGCUGAUGCUGCCCUCUUCCUCUCAGUAGGGCCCAGUGAUGCUGCCCUUCUCCUCUCAGUAGGGCCCAGCUGAUGCUUCCACUCGUCCUAUCCAGUAGGGCCCAGUUGAUGCCUGCCUCUCUCUCAGUAGGGGCCCAAGCUGAUGCUGCCCUCUUCCUUCAGUAGGGCCCAGCUGAUGCUGCCCUCUUCCUCUAAGUAUGGGCCCAGCUGAUGUGCCUCUCUCCUCUCAGUAGGCCCAGUGAUGCUGCCCUCUCUCCUCUUCAGUAGGGCCCAGCUAUGGCUGCCCUCUCCUCUUCGUAUGGGCCCAGCUGAUGCUGACCUAUCUCCUUCAGUAGGGCCCAGCUGAUGCUGCCCUCUCCUUCUCUAUAGAGUCCCAGCUGAUGCUGCCUCUCUCCUCUCAGUAGGGCCCAGCUGAUGCUGCCACUCUCUCCUCUCUCUCGUGUUGAAUGACAGCAAACACUUCAAUGAAGAAUCCCAUCCAUAAUUCCCACCUCCACUGUUGAAACAUCACCAAUGAAGGGGCGUGAAGGUUACCGAACUUCGACUUGCCUCAAGAAAAGAAGUGCUUGAAACAGCCGGAACACCAAAACAAACAAACAUCUCACAAAAGGUUGUCAUAAUAUGAACUGGCUUAAUACAGUAUAUGAACUGUUUGGACAGGUUUUACUUCCUGUCUUCAGGCUGAUGGCUGGGUUGAUAAAGGCUGGACCAACCAUGCUGGGUGGGUUGAUAAAGGCUGGACCAACCAUGCUGGGUGGGGAUGAUGGCUGGGUUGAUAAUGACUGGACCAACCAUGCUGGGUGGGGAUGAUGGCUGGGUUGAUAAUGACUGUACCAACCAUGCUGGGUGGGUUGAUAAAGAUUGGACCAACCAUGCUGGGUAGGGAUGAUGGCUGGGUUGAUAACGACUGGACCGACCAUGCUGGGUGGGUUGAUAAAGAUUGGACCAACCAUGCUGGGUAGGGAUGAUGGCUGGGUUGAUAACGACUGGACCGACCAUGCUGGGUGGGUUGAUAAAGAUUGGACCAACCAUGCAGGGUGGGUGGAUAAAGACUGGACCAACCAUGCUGGGUGUGUUGAUAAAGACUGGACCAACCAUGCUGGGUGGGUUGAUAAAGACUGGACCAACCAUGCUGGGUGGGUUGAUAAAGACCGGGUCCUUGUUUCUGAGGGACUGCCCCCGCAUGCUGGACUAGUAAAGUUUCCCUUCUUCUUGUUUCAGAGGUGAAACUCCGGCUCUAUGGGUCGUCCUGCACCAAGUUUGGUUUUAAGGAUUCUGACGUCAACAUUGAUAUCCAGUUCCCCCCUCAUGUGAGUAGCGUGUGUUUACAUCUCAUCCUAUUUCUUUAAUUAGCAGUUCUCCUGUUCUUCAGUGUUGUACUGUCACAUGUCUUCCUCUGUGUUGUAUCUAUACUGAACAAAAAUGUAAAUCUGCGCGGCAGUCCGACGGGAGCUGGUUGUGGGUGUGACUAAAUAAAAGCAGGGCGUUCUACCUGACAAUUGUAGAACUUGGAUACCGUCUCGUUGGCCUAACGUUAUGUCCUAAUCUGACUUUGGUGCAGGUCAUGUUGUUCUUCACAUUACCGUCUCUGGUAAACACUCACUAUAUUAUUACUACAUAAAAUAAAAUCUAAGUUUAUUUGUCACAUGCACAGGAUACAGAAGGUGUAAACCGCUCCAACUCAACUCUGGACCUCCAAGCCAGUUCCACUGCAUUUUUUCAUUGUUCUCUAUUCAGGGACUGAUUUUAGACCUGGGACACCAGGUGGGAGCAAUUCAUUAUCAGGUAGAACAGAAAACCAGCAGGCUCCGGACCUCGUAGGGUAAGAGUUGAGUACCCCUGGUGUAAACGGUACAGUGAAAUGGUUACUUGCAUAGUGGAGUCUUUUGUUUAGACGUGUAGCUAGCUAGCUAAACAAUGAACCAUAAUCCCAACUCAUAACGUUACUACUAUGCAUGAAUCUGCAGGUAGCUAAAGCUAACCAACUAGGUUCAAUGUUAGCUAACUGAAGAAUUUCUGCACAAACUGUCAGAAACCGUUUCAGGGAAGCUCAUCUGCGUGCUCGUCGUCCUCACCAGGGUCUUGACCCGACUGCAGUUCGGUGUCAUAACCGACUUCAGCAAACGCUCACCUUCAAUGGCCACUGGCACGCUGGAGAAGUGUGCUCUUCACAGAUUAAUCCCGGUUUCAACUGUACCGGUCAGAUGGCGUCGUGUGGGCGAGCGGUUUAUUGAUGUCAACGUUGUGAAUAGAGUGCCCCAUGGUGGCGGUGGGGUUAUGGUAUGGGCAGGUAUAAGCUAUGGACAACGAACACCAUUGCAUUUUAUCUAUGGCAAUUUGAAAGCACAGAGAUACAGUGACGAGAUCCUGAGGCCCAUUGUCGUGCCAUUCAUCUGCUGCCAUCACCUCAUGUUUCAGCAUGAUAAUGCACGGCCCCAUGUCGCAAGGAUCUGUACACAAUUCCUGGAAUCUGAAAAUGUCCCAGUUCUUCCAUGGCCUGCAUACUCACCAGACGUGACCUAUUGAGCAUGUUUGGGAUGCUCUGGAUCGACGUGUACAACAGCUUGUUCCAGUUCCCGCCAAUAUCCAGCAACUUCGCACAGCCAUUGAAGAGGAGUGGGACCACAUUCAACAGGCCACAAUCAACAGCCUGAUCAACUCUAUGCGAAGGAGAUGUGUCGCGCUGCAAGAGGCAAAUGAUGGUCACACCAGAUACUGACUGGUUUUCUGAUCCACAACCCUACCUUUUUUAUAUAUGGAACAACUUUUUUUUUUAAAGGUAUCUGUGACCAACAGAUGCAUAUCUGUAUUCCCAGUCAUGUGAAAUCCAAAGAUUAGGGCCUAAUGAAUUUCCUUAUAUGAACUCAGUAAAAUCUUUGAAAUUGAUGGAUGUUGCGUUUGUAUUUUUGUUCAGUGUUUAUACUUUAGGAGUUUUGAAAUGUGCCUGUAUUCACAGAUGCAUCAACCAGAGGUUCUGUUGCUGGUUCAGGAGAGUCUGUCUGUCAGUAGUGAGUACAUUUUUACCUCUUGUGAUGCUACGCUAGCUAGAAAAACCCCAUAAUAACCAAUUAUACUUUUAGCGUUAAACAUUGUGAUCGCCAUCAAUGGAGUGAUCACUCUGAGAUGUUGUUGAUCGUUGUUUGUGAUGACGACAAUGAUGGUGGUUGUGAUGGUUGUUUGUGAUAAAGAGGAUGGUGUUUGUGGUGAUGGUGGUUGUUUGUGAUGGUGGUUGUGAUGAUGGUGAUGGUGAUGAUGAUGAUGGUUGUUUCCAGUUCUCUAUGGUAACCUGGAGGCAGACUUCCAUGCCAGGGUACCUGUGGUCAUCUGUAAAGACGAGGGCAGGUCAGUCCUUCAUUAAUCACAUCCAUUGUUAGUGAAACAUUAGACUGUUCUUUCUAAUGUGCUGCUAUCUGACUAUAUGACAGUUGUAUUGUUUAGCACUAAUCUUCCUGAAAAUAACCACAUCUCCCUUUGACUGAUGUGAAAAUGUGGCUGAUGGGCCCUGUAGUUUUUGGGUACAGGAAGAACCUGUCUGUUAUUGUUGUUGUUGUUCCUCAAGCGGUCUGGUGUGUAAGGUGAGCGCAGGAAAUGACAACGCUGUUGACCACCCUUCCUGUUGUCUCGCUUCUGGUGCUGGCUGAAUGGGUGAGCGCAGAUGCCGCUCAGGGGGAAGAGGUCCCGCCAAGGGGAAAGGGGCACCCCAGCCCUUCCGGGCCCGAUAAAAACAACCAAACCAAAGGGGAAAAAACCCCCUUUUUAAGGAACCGGGGAAAAAACAACCUAACCGGGAAGGGGUUUAACCAGAUUAAAGGGCCAGGGAAAUCCUAAACAUAAAUCUUUUUUAGAAAAGGGAUUUUUGCCGGGUAUUUUUUAGGUGAAUCCUUUCCCCCCCCAGAUAAAUUUUUGAGGCGUUGUUUGGUCCAAAGUCUUUCUUCAGAAAAAGGAGUCUCCUUUGGGCUAGUACUGAAAACCCCCUUUCCCCCCUUAAAAAAUUUUCCCCCUCCCCUGUUGAUUAGGUGACCCUAAAUUUUUCUGUGGGUUUAUAGCGGGUGUUGGUAAUGUUUUUUUAUAAAGGAGUUUUGGGGUUUUUGUUGUUUGUUGAGAGGUUUUUUGUAUGGGGUUUUCCCCCCGUCUCAAGGAAUUUUUACCCAACCCAGCCUUUGGGACGGUCAAUUUUAAAACCGGGGGGGGGAGGUAAAACACACCUUUUUGGGGGGGAAACCAACCUGUUUGGGGGGGGGGUCUCCCCCCUUUGGGGGGGAUAAUAACCUUUUUGGGGGGGAAACUCCCGGGGGGAAAAAACACACCCCUUUGGGGGAGGAAAAGUGGGGGGGGGGGAGGGGUAAAACCGGGGGGGGGGUGGGGGGUUCCCCGUGGGGGGGGGGAGGUAACUCAGGGGGGAAUACACCCUGGGGGGGAAAAAUCCCCGGGGGGGAGGGCCCCCCCGGGGGGGUCUCCACCCUGGGGGGUGGGGGGUCAACCGGGGGGGGGGUAAACAACCCGGGGGGUUAUAAAUAACCGGGGGGGGGAAACUAACCCGUGGGGGGGGUUUUCUCAAUGUGGGGUGGGGGGGGUUUCCUAAACCCUUUGGGGGGGGGGGAAACUACACCCUGGGGGGGGGGAAAAGGAAAUCCCCCUGUGGGGGGGGGAGGAAAAACAAAAGUGGGGGGGGGGGGAGGAAAAACAUGUUUUGGGGGGUCCCAUGGGGGGGGGGAGGUCCCCCUUAAAAAACCCCCGUGGGGGUGGGGGGAGGUCUCCCCGGGGGGGGUGGGGGGUAACUCACCCUGUGGGGGAGGAAAAUCACCUGUUUUGGGGGGGAGGAAACACCCGGGGGGGGGGGGGAACUAACCCCGGGGGGUGGGGAGGUUAAACACCUUUGGGGGGGGGGGGUAAACCCCCCCCGGGGGGUUGGGGGGGAGGGAAAACCUUGGGGGGGUUGGGGGGGGGGAACCACCUGGGGGGGGGGGAAAACCCACCCUUGGGGGAGGAAAACACACCUUGGGGGGAGGGGAGGAAAAACACCCUUGGGGGGAGGAAAAAACCCUUGGGGGGAGGGAAACACACCCUUGGGGGAGGGAAAAAUAACCGGGGGGGAGGGGGAGAAACUAACCUGGGGGGGGGGGGAAAAAUUCACCGGGGGGGGGGGGAGAAACUAACCCCCCGGGGGGGGGAGGAACAAAACCUUUGGGGGAAGGGGGAAACUCCCCCUGGGGGGGGGGAGGAAAACCCCCUUAAACAAACCCCCUGGGGGGAGGAAAACUAACCCCCGGGGGGGAAAACACAGUGGGGGGGAAAACUUAACCUGGGGGGGAAACAAAACCUUAAAACUACCGGGGGGGGGAAAUAACCUUGGGGGGUGGGGAGGAAAAACUAACCCUGUGGGGGGGGGAGAACACACCCUGGGGGGAGGAACCCCGGGGGGGUUAAAAACUCCCUUUAGUAAAUCCCCUUGGGGGGGGAAAAAACCCCUUGGGGGGGUAACUAACCCCUUUUUAUAAAACCCUUGGGGGGGGAUAACUCCCCUUUGGGGGGGAGUUUCAUUGGGGGAGGGGAAAAACUCCCCUUAAAGGGGGGGUUUCUCCCUGGGGGAGGGGGUAACUCCCCUUUGGGUUGGGGGGGGGGUUAACCUUUUGGGGUUGGGGGAAGGAAAAACAACACCCUUUGGGGGGAGGGCUCCCCUGGGGGUUGGGGGGGGGGUAAUAACCCUUUUUUAACAACCCUUGGGGGUGGGGGAUUGUAAAAACCCCCUUUAAAUUUCCCCGGGGGGGGAGGGGGGGGUUUCUACACCCUGUUUAUUGGGGUAAUACCCCCUUUUCCCCUUUGGGGGGGAGUUAAAAAAUACCUUUGGGUUGGGGGAAAAACACCUUUUUGGGGGGGGGGUCUCCCGGGGGUUGGGGGGUAAUACCCCCCUUUUUUUGGGGGGGGGGGGGGGGUAAAAAACCCCCCCUUUUUGGGGGGGGGGUCUCACCGGGGGGGGGGGGGGGGGGGAAACCAUUUUGGGUUGGGGGGGGUAAUACACCUGUGGGGGGGGGAGGUAACUCACCCUUUGGGUUGGGGGGGAACUAAACCCCCCUUGGGGGGGGGAGGUAACCACCCUGUGGGGGGGGGGAGGAAACACACCUGUGGGGGGGGGGGAGGUAACUACACCCCUGGGGGGGGGGGGUAACUACCCCCUGUGGGGGGGGGGGUAACUACACCGUGGGGGGGGGGAGGAAAACUACACCUGUGGGGGGGGGAGGUAACUACCCCCUAAAACCCCCUGUGGGGGGGGGGGGGGGAACUACCCCCCUUUGGGGGGGGGGAAGGCUACCCCUUUUGGGGGGGGGGGGGGUAACUACCCUUUUGGUUUUGGGGGAUUUUAAUACCCCCUUUUGGGUGGGGGGGGGUAACUAACCCUGUGGGUUUGGGGGGGGAAAAACACCCCCUGUGGGGGGGGGGGGGUUUCACCCUUUGGGGGGGGGGGAGGUAACUACACCCUUUGGGGUUGGGGGGGUAACUACACCCGGGGUGGGGGGGGGUAAUACCCCCUUUUGGGUUGGGGGAGGAAAACUACCCCCUUUGGGGGGGGGAGGUAACUACCCCUGUGGGGGGGGGGGGUAACUACCCUUUUGGGGGGGGAGGUAACUACACCCUGUGGGUUGGGGGGAGGUAACUAACCCUGGGGGGGGGGGGGUAACUAACCCUGUGGGGGGGGGAUUAACACACCCUGUUGGGGGGAAAUCCCCCCUGUGGGGGGGGGGUAACUACCCCUGUGGGGGGGGGAGGAACUACCCCCUGUGGGGGGGGGGGGUAACUACACCCGUGGGGGGGGGGGGAAAACUACACCCUGUGGGGGGGGGGGGUAACUACACCUUGGGGGGGGAGGAACUACACCCUUGGGGGGGGGAGGUAAUAACCCCCUUGGGGGGGGGAGGUAAAACCCUUGGGGUUUGGGGGGGGGGUUUAACUACACCCUGGGGGGGGGGAGGUAAUCCCCCCUGGGGGAGGGGGGGAAACUACACCUUUUGGGUUUGGGGGGGGAGGUAACUAAAACCUUUGGGGGGGGGGGGUUUAACUACCCCUUUUGGGGGGGGAGGUAACUACCCCCUGUGGGUGGGGGGGUAAUACACCCGGGGGGGGGGGAGGUCAAAACCCCUGGGGGGGGGGGGUAACUACCCCUUUUGGGGGGGGGAAAGGAAACUACCCCUUUUGGGGGGGGGGGGGGGGGGAAAAUACACCCUUUGGGGGGGGGGAGGUAACUACACCCUUGGGGGGGGGGAAACACCCCCUUGGGGGGGGGGAGGUAACUCACCUUUGGGUGGGGGGGUAACUAAACCCUGGGGGGGGGGGGGUAACUACCCCUUUGGGUUGGGGGGGAGGUAACACCCCUUUGGGGGGGGGGGGGGGAAAAACCCCCUUUGGGUGGGGGGGGGGGUAAACUCCCCCUUUGGGUUGGGGGGGGAAACUAACAAAUUCGAAUGUAUUCAGAAAAUUGACUUUUUCCAAUUUUUUACUUUCCACCCUUUAUUCUAAAAUGGAUUUUUUUUUUUUUUUUCCCUCAAUCUACCAAAAACCCCCAUAAUGAAAAAGAAAAAAAUUAUUUUAAAAAAUUUCUGUACUUUUAAAAAAAUAAAAAAAGGGGAAAUAUACAUUUAAAAAGAUUAGAACUUUAAUAGUAUUUUUUGAAGAAACUUUGGCAGCGAUUACACCCUCAGUCUUUUUGGGUAUGACGCUACAUUUGGCACACCUGUUUUUUGGGGAUUUUCUCCCAUUUUUCUUGCGACCCUUCGCCUGUCAGGUUGGAUGGGGAGCGUCGCUGCACAGCUAUUUUCAGGUCUCUCCAGAAAUGUUCGAUCGGGUUCAAGUCCGGGCUCUGGCUGGGCCACUCAAGGACAUUCAGAGACUUGUCCCGAAGCCACUCCUGCGUUGUCUUGGCUGUGUGCUUAGGGACGUUGUCCUGUUGGAAGGUGAACCUUCGCCCAGUCUGAGGUCCUGAGCGCUCUGGAGCAGGUUUUUCAUCAAGGAUCUCUCUGUACUUUGCUCCGUUCAUCUUUCCAUCGAUCCUGACUAGUCUCCCAGUCCCUGCCGCUGAAAACAUCCCCACAGCAUUUUUUAUUUUAUUUUAUUUCACCUUUAUUUAACCAGGUAAACCAGUUGAGAACAAGUUCUCAUUUACAACUGCGACCUGGCCAAGAUAAAGCAAAGCAGUGCGAUAAAAACAACAACACAGAGUUACAUAUGGGGUAAAACAAAACAAAGUCAAAAAUACAACAGAAAUAAAUAUAUAUACAGUGUGUGCAAAUGUAGCAAGUUAUGGAGGUAAGGCAAUAAAUAGGCUAUAGUGCAAAUAAUUACAAUUAGUAUUAACACUGGAAUGAUAGAUGUGCAAGAGAUGAUGUGCAAAUAGAGAUACUGGGGUACAAAAGAGCAAAAUAAAUAACAAUAUAGGGAUGAGGUAGUUGGGUGGGCUAAUUACAGAUGGGCUGUGUACAGGUGCAGUGAUCGGUAAGCUGCUCUGACAACUGAUGCUUAAAGUUAGUGAGGGAGAUAAGAGUCUCCAGCUUCAGAGAGUUUUGUAGUUCGUUCCAGUCAUUGGCAGCAGAGAACUGGAAGGAAUGGCGGCCAAAGGAGGUGUUGGCUUUGGGGAUGACCAGUGAGAUAUACCUGCUGGAGCGCAGACUACGGGUGGGUGUUGCUAUGGUGACCAAUGAGCUAAGAUAAGACAGGGAUUUGCCUAGCAGUGAUUUAUAGAUGGCCUGGAGCCAGUGGGUUUGGCGACGAAUAUGUAGUGAGGACCAGCCAACAAGAGCGUACAGGUCACAGUGGUGGGUAGUGCAUGGGGCUUUGGAGACAAAACGGAUGGCACUGUGAUAGACUACAUCCAAUUUGCUGAGUAGAUUGUUGGAGGCUAUUUUGUAAAUGACAUCGCCGAAGUCAAGGAUCGGUAGGAUAGUCAGUUUUACGAGGGCAUGUUUGGCAGCAUGAGUGAAGGAGGCUUUGUUGCGAAAUGGGAAGCCGAUUCUAGAUUUAACUUUGGAUUGGAGAUUCUUAAUGUGAGUCUGGAAGGAGAGUUUACAGUCUAACCAGACACCUAGGUAUUUGUAGUUGUCCACAUACUCUAGGUCAGACCCGUCGAGUAGUGAUUCUAGUCGGGUGGGCGGGUGCCAGCAGCGUUCGAUUGAAGAGCAUGCAUUUAGUUUUACUAGUGUUUAAGAGCAGUUGGAGGCUACUGAAGGAGUGUUGUAUGGCAUUGAAGCUCGUUUGGAGGUUUGUUAACACAGUGUCCAAUGAAGGGCCAGAUGUAUACAAAAUGGUGUCGUCUGCGUAGAGGUGGAUCUGAGAGUCACCAGCAGCAAGAGCGACGUCAUUGAUAUACACAGAGAAAAGAGUCGGCCCAAGAAUUGAACCCUGUGGCACCCCCAUAGAGACUGCCAUAGGUCCAGACAACAGGCCCUCCGAUUUGACACAUUGAACUCUAUCUGAGAAGUAGUUGGUGAACCAGGCGAGGCAGUCAUUUGAGAAACCAAGGCUAUUUAGUCUGCCAAUAAGAAUGCGGUGGUUGACAGAGUCGAAAGCCUUGGCCAGGUCAAUGAAAACGGCUGCACAGUACUGUCUAUUAUCGAUCGCGGUUAUAAUAUUGUUUAGGACCUUGAGCGUGGCUGAAGUGCACCCAUGACCAGCUCGGAAACCGGAUUGCAUAGCGGAGAAGGUUACGGUGGGAUUCGAAAUGGUCGGUGAUCUGUUUUGUUAACUUGGCUUUCAAAAACUUUUGAAAGGCAGGGCAGGAUGGAUAUGGGUCUGUAACAGUUUGGAUCUAGAGUGUCACCCCCUUUGAAGAGGGGGAUGACCGCGGCAGCUUUCCAAUCUCUGGGGAUCUCAGACGUUACGAAAGAGAGGUUGAACAGGCAAGUAAUAGGGGCUGCCACUACCAUGCUUCACCAUAGGGAUGGUGCCAGGUUUCCGCCAGACGUGACACUUGGCAUUCAGUAAAAUCUUGGUUUCAUUAGACCAGAGAAUCUUGUUUCUCAUGGUCAGAGUCCUUUUAGGUGCCUUUUCGCAAACUCCAAGCGAGCUGUCAUGUGCCUUUUACUGAGGAGUGGCUUCCGUCUGGCCACGCUACCAUAAAGGCCUGAUUGGUGGAAUGCUGCAGAGAUGGUUGUCCUUCUGGAAGGUUCUCCCAUCUCCACAGAGGAAUUCUGGAGCUCUGUCAGAGUGACCAUUGGGUUCUUGGUCACCUCCCUGACCAAGGCCCUUCUCCCCCGAUUGCCACUGUGUUCUGUGGGGUGGGCGAGGCCACCGCACCCUGUGGGUGCUCAACAUUGUCAGUGAUUGUGUUUCUCUCUCUCUCUCUCCAGGCUCCUCUGGUGUUCCAGAGACCUGUCUCUCCUCCAGCGGUGGGUCUUCUGUGGGUGGAGAUGCUGCGUUUUUAUUCGCUGGAGUUCAACAUGGCGGAGUGUGUCAUCAGCGUGCGUACCAGCCUCGUCCUAUCACGGGAGGCCAAGGACUGGCCCAAGAAACGCAUUGCCGUGGAGGGUAUUGUUGCCUUCAGUCUCCUACAUGUUUUAGUAGCUAUUUUCUAGUUGGAGCCGGAUAACCUGUGGUGGUUGAACCCAGCCCAGUGUAGUUAACCGGAAUUAAGGUCUCCAAUUGUUCACUUUGAAUGCUAAACCUGUGUAAGCUGUUUCCAGGUAGACUUUGUGAAUGGGGAACAGUUGUUUAGCAAAUCAUGACACAGAUACACAAGUUAUGAUUUUGAGAUGAGUUUAUGAUCUAAUGAAGUCGUGUGUUUUUAGAUCCGUUUGCUGUGAAGAGGAACGUGGCUCGUACGUUGAACAGCCAACAGAUGUACGAGUACAUCCUCCACUGCCUCAAAUCUACCUACAAGUACUUCGCCCUGCCCCUCAGGCUCCCCUCAGCCAACCACACGACAGCAGAGCCGCGAGGAGCCAAUCACAAGCCAGGGCCUGGACAUAAGGCUCCGAGUGACGUUGGCCUUGUUCAAUCAGGGUUGAGUGGUCUCAUCCUGGAAUCCCAGGCAACCACUAAGCAGAAAGGAGAGGCAGAUGUGCAGGAUUCUGACUGUAUGGAGGAAGAGGAGGAGAGCCCUCCAGAGUCCGACCAAGAGAAAGAAGAGGAAGACUUGGGGAAGAACAGCCUGUCUGAAGAGGGAGGAUGGAGUAUAUCCCAGACAUCACCUAGACAGUGUGACCACAGAGGACGAAGAGCUGUUCCCAUUGGACGAGGUCUCAGGAGAGGAGCAACUCUCCGAUGAGGAGGGGCCAGACCUAGACACUCCCGGCUCAUUGGAUGAGGAGGAUGAGGUAGCCCCACCCACAGUACCAGAGGACCCGCCCAAGCAGGAAGCACCAGACAACAGGACCGAGGGGGCCAGUGUUCUCUGCUAUGGGUUCACCAGACAGGCGUUCACCCGCGGCAGGGUAGAUAUGACCACGUGAUCACACAUUUUCUUUCAAAGUUCUUGCAAACAAAGUCUAAAACUGUUAUGAUUUGCUAACCUUGUGUCUGUGUGUGGUUCAGUCCCACACAGUGGUGUGCGGUGUGUGUAAGCGUGACGGCCAUCUAAAGAAGGACUGCCCUGAGGACUUCCAGAGGGUACAGCUAGCCCCUCUCCCUCCCAUGACGCCCGCCUUCCUCAAAACACUCAACGCCGUCUGCCAACAGUGCUACCGUAAGUCUGCCUGUGUGUGCGCGUGUUACCUGUUCUUCAAAUGAUCUGUACAUUCUGUACAGGAUGUACCGUUCCACGUCGUUACUUUAAAAUAUAUUUAAUUUAAUAUUUCCCGGGAAUUGACUGUUUAUUUGAUUGAAUUUCCCAGGAGACUUUGCUCUAGAUGAGGUGGAGGUGGGAGUGAGAGAACACAUCCUACUGGACCUGGAGAGCUUCGUCAAACGCCAGUUCACUGGUGAGACGCCAUGACACACCUGAUACUCUGGGGAAAUAAUGUUCACCUCUAAAAGUUGUUGUCUAAAGGAAGAUUGGAGGAGAGAUGUCCACUCUCCAUGUGGUAGCAGAUAUGUAGUUGUUAUUUCUUGUGACUGACAGGUUCCGUACUUUAACUGUUUGGUUGACUGGUUGCUUGAUUGUUGAAGGUUCCCCUUUUAAAUGUUUUGGGUUACUGGGUUUUCUUAGCAGGUUUCGACAACUGUUUGGUUUGCUGGGCGGGGAUUUACCCGCUUUAAAACCUUUUUGGUUUUUCUUUUAUCGACAUUCCCUAUUUAAAUUUUGGUGAUUUUUUAUAACACCCUUUUUUUUUUGAUGGUUUUGAAAAUUUAUUUUAAAUUUUUUUGAGGUCUUUUAUGAUUAAAACCUUCUUUUAAUUUGGGACUUUUCUGAGAACACCAGGUAAGGGUUGGGCAUCUAAAAAAUGGUUUCUUCCAAAUCCUUAAUCUGUAUUCCGGAGGGACACCCUUAAAAAUUUUCUUUUUUCCCUUAAAGCUAUUUUCCCCCCAUCCAAAAUGUCCCCAAACAACCCUAUUUUAAAAAAAUUUAUUUUUCCCCCAGGGGUUUUAAUCUGGGUUUUGGGCCCCCCCCGGUCAGGGGUUUGACACUACCCUUAAAUGGGUUUUUUUUCUAGUCCCUUAAGCUGUAUCCCCCCCCCCCCCCAGGUCGGCUAGAACUACCCCUUAAAAAGGUUAUCUUUCUAUCCCCUUUAAGGCCUGACUGCCCCCCCCCCCAGGGGCAGUUUUUUUCAACACUACCCUAUAAUAAGGGGACUUUUUCCCUUUAAAGCUGUUCUCCCCCCCCCCCCCCCCUUUUCCCUUAAUGCUGUAUCUCCCCCCCCCCCAGGUCAGAAAUCCCAUAAUAAGGUAAAGUCCUUUUAAGUUUCUUACCCCCCCCGUCAAGGCUGGGGAAAUACCCUUAAAAUGGCUUUUGUCCCAAGCUGUUGCCCCCCCCCCCACCCCCGGUAGUGUUGAAAUACCCUAUUUAAAAAGGUUUUUUUGCCAAGGUAUCGCCCCCCCCCCCCAUCAAAUUUAGCACCCCUAAAAAGGUUUCUUUACCCCAAUGGGUGUCUGUCCCCCCCCCCUCAGUGUUGAAUAUUUUUUAAAGGGAUCCCUUUUUUCCUUUUAACGUUCCCCCCCCCGGUCAUUCUAACCUCCCAAAAAGGGACCACCCUUAAACUGUUUGGCCCCCCCCAGGUAGGUCUAAGGGAAUACCCUAAAAGGGGGUUUUUUAAUCCCUUUUCUUUCCCCCCCCGGGUGUUUGGGGAAAAUCCUUAAUAAGGUUUCUUUUUAGUUUAGCUGAUCGGGCCCCCCCUCGGUUAAACUACCCCUUGGUUAUUUUCUAUCCCUUAAGUUAUUCCCCCCCCGGGAGUUUCACCCCUUUAAAAAGGGGUUACUUUUUGUUUAAUUUUUUUGCCCCCCCCGGGGUUAUGCUGAAAUCCUUAAAAAGGUUAUCUUUGAUUAAUUUUUUACUCCCCCCCCCGGGUUAGAACUACCCUUUUGGUUUUUUUGUUAAGCUGAUCUGGGUAGUUUUUCUGAAAAUUCCCUUAAUAAGGACUUUUUGUUUUAAUGCUGACCCGGGUCGGUUAGAACCUACCUUGGUUUUUUUAGCCCUUUGUUGAUUCUGCCCCCCCGGGGUUGAGGGCCCCCUUUAAAUAAGUAUCUUUUGUCCCGUGGGGGGUAUCUGACCGGGGUUAGAAACCUUUAAAAAGGUGAUUUUUAGUCCCUAAGGACUCCCCCCCCCCCCCUAGUUAGCCACCUUUAAUGGUUAUCUUUUUAUCCCCUUUAAAUUUUACGCCCCCCCCCCCGGGGUUAGAUAAUUGGGGGUUAUUUUCUAUCCCUUUAAUGCUGAUCUUGGGGGUUGUUAGCCCCACCCUUUUGGGGUUUUUUUGCCCCAACUGGGGAUUGCCCCCCCGGGGUUAGAACUCCUUUGGUUUUUUUUGUUUAGCUGAUUUUCCCCCCCCCGGUAGUUUAGCUCCCUUUUGGGGUUUAAUUUUAGUCCCCCUUGUGAUUGCCCCCCCCCCCGGGUUUAGGAAAAUUAACCCCGAAAUCCCCCGGUUUAAGUUAGCGGGGGCCCGGGGGGAAUUACCCCCCACCCGGGUUAAACCAAAUCUGGGAGUUGCUGCCUGGGUAGAUACUGGGGGUAGAAGGUCUGCCGGUGAGGGAAAAGCCGAUGGGAGAUUUUGCCUGACGGGGUUUAGAAAUUUAGGCUCUCCCCCCGGGGUAUUAGGUGACUCCCCGGGGUUGUUUAGGUAACCCCCGGGGGUAUUUACCGCCCGGGGUUUUAAUUAAUCUACCGGGGGUUGAUACUACCCCCGGGGUUAGAUUAGCUGACUCGGGGGUUAGAUUAGCUGACUCUGGGGUUAGAUUAGCUGACUCUGGGGUUAGAUUAGCUGACUCUGGGGGUUUAAAUUUCUGACCGGGGUUUUUAUUAGUGACUGGGGUUUGAUUUGUGACUCGGGGGGUUAGAUUAGCUGACUCGGGGGUUAGAUUAGCUGACUCGGGGGUUAGAUUAGCUGACUCGGGGGUUAGAUUAGCUGACUCGGGGGUUAGAUUAGCUACCGGGGGUUUGAUUAGGACUCGGGGGGUUAGAUUAGCUACUCGGGGUUAGAUUUGGACUUUGGGGGUUGAUUUGCGACUCGGGGGUUAGAUUGUGAUCGGGGGGUUUGAUUAGGACUCGGGGGUAGAUUAGCUGAUCGGGGGGGUAGAUAGCUGGGGGGGUUAGAUUAGCUGACCCGGGGGUUAGAUUAGCUGACUCUUUUACUGGGAUUGGGGUUAAUUGUACUUGGGGGUUGAUUACUUUGGGGGGGGGGGGGGUUUUUGAUGGGGGAAUUCAUGGGGGUUUUGAUUUUGGGGGGGGGUUAAAUUGUGACUCUGGGGUUGUAAUUUAGAAGGGGGGGCGGUUGGGGGGGAUUGGUUUGGGGAAGCUAUCUUAAAGCUGAUUCGGGGGCUUUGUUAGCACUCUUGGCUACUUUUGAAAUACUCGGGGGGGAUUUUAAACCUUUUACUGGUCCGAAGACAUGAUAAAUAGGGGGAUGUGUAACUAGUGUUUUGUGGAUUUUUUAUGUACUUUAGUGGGGAUUUUGUUUUUAGAAAUUUGGUUUUUUGGGUUUUUUAAAGGGGGGAGCGGGAACCAGGGUUUUGGUGGAUAUGGAAGUUUUUCCCCCCAUAUUGGAAAACUAGUGAGUCUCAGCGGUAACCUGUGAGUCACUAGUGGGUAAUGUGAGUCACUCGUGGAUAAACCCGUGAGUACUCAGCUGGAUAACCUGGAGUCAAUAGCUGGGAAACCCGGAGUCAUCAGUGGAAACCUGUGAGUCACUCAGCUGGAUAACCCGUGAGAUCAGGGUAACCGGGUCCUCAGCUGGUAAACCCAGUGAGUCAUCAGCUGGAUAAAUAGGGCCUCAGUGGGUAAACCCGUGAGUAUCAGCUAUCCUAGUGAGCACUCAGCUGGAUAAUAUGAGUCCCAGUGGUAACCAGUGAUCAUCACUGGGUAACCUAGUGAGUCCUAGGGAUAACCCGGAGUACUCACUGGAUAACCCCUGAGUCACUCAGCGGUAACAGGGGGCAAACCCGGGCCUGCUUGGCACACGUGAAAAAAUAUUUUGGGGUUUUUUUACAAUGGUGUUUGUUCUUCACUGGUUGCCCAUUUCUUGUGGCAACGGGCCACAAAUCUAGCUGCUGUGAUGGCACACUGCGGUAUUCCACCUAACAGAUAUGGGAGUUUAUCAACGUUUGAUUUGUUUUCAAAUUCUUUGUGGGUCUGUGUAAUCUGAGGGAAAUAUGUGUCUCUAAUAUGGUCAUACAUUUGGCAGGAGGUUAGGAAGUGCAGCUCAGUUUCCUCCUCAUUUUGUGGGCAGUGUGCACAUAGCCUGUCUUCUCUUGAGAGCCAGGUCUGCCUAUGGCAGCCUUUCUCAAUAGCAAGGCUAUGCUCACUGAGUCUGUACAUAGUCAAAGCUUUCCUUAAGUUUGGGUCAGUCACAGUGGUCAGGUAUUCUGCCACUGUGUACUCUCUGUUUAGGGCCAAAUAGCAUUCUAGUUUGCGCAGUUUUUUUGUUAAUUACUUGACACAUUGGAAAUAAUUAUAUAUUUUUUCUCAUGAUUUGGUUGGGUCUACUUGUGUUGCUGUCCUGGGGCUCUGUGGGGUCUGUUUGUGUUUGUGAACAGAGCCCCAGGACCAGCUUGCUUAGGGGACUCUUCUCCAGGUUCAUCUCUCUGUAGGUGAUGGCUGUGUUAUGGAAGGUUUGGGAAUCGCUUCCUUUUAGGUGGUUAUAGAAUUUAACCCCGUUUCUCUCUCUCUCUCUCUCUCUCUCUCUCUCUCUCUCUCUCUCUCUCUCUCUCUCUCUCUCUCUCUCUCUCUCGCCCUCUCUCUCUCGCCCUCUCUCUCUCUCUCUAGCCUGAGCGCUGGCAGCAGAGGAACAUGGAGUGUGUAGGGUCUCUGUGGCUGGGCCUGCUGCAGUUCUACACUGAGACCUUUGACUUCAGAGAACACGUCAUCUCCAUCAGACAGAGAGCAGCUCUUACCACCUUCAACAAGCAGUGGACCUCCAAGUACAUCGUCAUCGAAGGUCAGUACUUCAUUUAUUCCUAUUGAACUCCUAGCACAGUUUUCUUGACAGUAAACAUGGCACUUUUUGGAGGGGAUUGAGUGGAGCGAUGGUGAUGGCCCACCACCGACUGACCUGGUUCAGCCCACCACCGACUGACCUGGUUCAGCCCACCACCGACUGACCUGGUUCAGCCCACCACCGACUGACCUGGUUCAGCCCACCACCGACUGACCUGGUUCCACUCAUCAUCAAGUUUGAGUGUUUAGCAUUGCUGGGUUAUAAUGAAAGCCUGCACACCCUGCAGCACUCCAAGGCCAGGGAGGGUUGGGAUCCAGUGAUCUAGUUAUCUGAUCUAAUGUUGUUGUUCUCUCCAGAUCCUUUUGACCUGAACCAUAACCUGGGAGCUGGCCUGUCCAGGAGAAGUAGGUGUCUGUCUGUCUGUCUCUGUCCAGGAGAAGUAGGUGUCUGUCUGUCUGUCUCUGUCCAGGAGAAGUAGGUGUCUGUCUGUCUCUGUCCAGGAGAAGUAGGUGUUGUCUGUCUGUCUGUCUGUCUGUCUCUGUCCAGGAGAAAUAGGUGUCUGUCUGUCUGUCUGAUAGCACACCGACCUCACAGCAUCACAUCUUCCUCUCAAUAAUCUCUCUCGCUCUCUCUCCUUCUCUCUCCCUCUCGGUCUCUCUCUCCUCUCUCUCUCCUUCUCUCCUUCUCUCUCCCUCUCGGUCUCUCUCUCCUUCUCUCGCUCUCUCUUUCAUAGUGACCAACUUCAUCAUGAAGGCAUUCAUUAAUGGUAGGAGAGUGUUUGGAACGCCAGUCAAGACCUACCCUCCUGAGUACACUAGUCAGAUGGUUAGUAUUCACUACCUACCCUCCUGAAUACGCAGAUGGUUAGUAUUCAGGUAGCCUAGUUGUUGAGGGUUGGGCCAGUAACCGAAAGUUGCUGGUUCGAAUCCCUGAGCCGACUAGGUGAAAAAUCUUUCUGUGCCCUUGAGCAAGGCACUUAACCCUAAUUGCUCCUGUAAGUUGCUCUGGAUAAGAGCGUCUGCUAAAUGACUAAAAUGUAAAUGUUGAUGUAUUCAAUAUUGUCUUGGAAGAAGUGCAUUCAAAACAAGUGCACUCACAAAUCAAAUCUGUGGUUGUGUUUCUGUCAGGAGUAUAAUGGUAAUGUGCUGUGGUUGAGUCUCUGUCCUGAUCUCUAAUAGGAUUAUACAGCACUCAUGUAUCGUUCUAAUUUAUAACAGUAAUAUGUGGUUUUGUGUUUGACCCUGAGGUUUAUAACAGUAAUAUGUGGUUUUGUGUUUGACCCUGAGGUUUAUAACAGUAAUAUGUGGUUUUGUGUUUGACCCUGAGGUUUAUAACAGUAAUAUGUGGUUUUGUGUUUGACCCUGAGGUUUAUAACAGUAAUAUGUGGUUUUGUGUUUGACCCUGAGGUUUAUAACAGUAAUAUGUGGUUGUGUGUUUGACCCUGAGGUUUAUAACAGUAAUAUGUGGUUUUGUGUUUGACCCUGAGGUUUAUAACAGUAAUAUGUGGUUUUGUGUUUGACCCUGAGGUUUAUAACAGUAAUAUGUGGUUUUGUGUUUGACCCUGAGGUUUAUAACAGUAAUAUGUGGUUUUGUGUUUGACCCUGAGGUUUAUAACAGUAAUAUGUGGUUUUGUGUUUGACCCUGAGGUUUAUAACAGUAAUAUGUGGUUUUGUGUUUGACCCUGAGGUAUAUAACAGUAAUAUGUGGUUUUGUGUUUGACCCUGAGGUUUAUAACAGUAAUAUGUGGUUGUGUGUUUGACCCUGAGGUUUAUAACAGUAAUAUGUGGUUUUGUGUUUGACCCUGAGGUUUAUAACAGUAAUAUGUGGUUUUGUGUUUGACCCUGAGGUUUAUAACAGUAAUAUGUGGUUUUGUGUUUGACCCUGAGGUUUAUAACAGUAAUAUGUGGUUUUGUGUUUGACCCUGAGGUUUAUAACAGUAAUAUGUGGUUUUGUGUUUGACCCUGAGGUUUAUAACAGUAAUAUGUGGUUUUGUGUUUGACCCUGAGGUUUAUAACAGUAAUAUGUGGUUUUGUGUUUGACCCUGAGGUAUAUAACCAGUAAUAUGUGGUUUUGUGUUUGACCCUGAGGUUUAUAACAGUAAUAUGUGGUUGUGUGUUUGACCCUGAGGUUUAUAACAGUAAUAUGUGGUUUUGUGUUUGACCCUGAGGUUUAUAACAGUAAUAUGUGGUUUUGUGUUUGACCCUGAGGUUUAUAACAGUAAUAUGUGGUUUUGUGUUUGACCCUGAGGUUUAUAACAGUAAUAUGUGGUUUUGUGUUUGACCCUGAGGUUUAUAACAGUAAUAUGUGGUUGUGUGUUUGACCCUGAGGUUUAUAACAGUAAUAUGUGGUUUUGUGUUUGACCCUGAGGUUUAUAACAGUAAUAUGUGGUUUUGUGUUUGACCCUGAGGUUUAUAACAGUAAUAUGUGGUUUUGUGUUUGACCCUGAGGUUUAUAACAGUAAUAUGUGGUUUUGUGUUUGACCCUGAGGUUUAUAACAGUAAUAUGUGGUUUUGUGUUUGACCCUGAGGUUUAUAACAGUAAUAUGUGGUUUUGUGUUUGACCCGGAGGUUUAUAACAGUAAUAUCUGGUUGUCCCUCUCAGGAGUUCUUCUUUGACCCGGAGGUGUUGACAGAAGGACAGCUGGCUCCAAACGACCGCUGCUGCAGGAUAUGUGGCAAGAUCGGACACUUCAUGAAAGACUGUCCCAUGCGCAGGAAGUAAGGAGUGCCACUAGCCGUGUGGUGUGUGUGUGUGUGUUUUGACUUUGUGUGUGUCUGUGUGUGUGUGUUUUGACUUUGUGUGUGUGUGUCUCUCUGUGUGUGUGUGUGUGUGUCUCUCUGUGUGUGUGUGUGUGUCUGUGUGUGACAUCCUCCUCUCUAGGUCUAGGCAGUGUCGUGAGCAGGAGGGAAGGAGGGACUGGGCGGCGUCUGAGGGGGGAAGGGAACGUCGUCAGGGCGACCGCUGGAGGCGACAGGAAGAGAAGCGAUGCUGCUUCCUGUGUGGGAGCAACGCCCACAUCAAGAAGGACUGCCCCCAGUACAGAGGUCCGGCAGGUCAGUACUGAGUCUGUCUGACUGACAUUCUGUCCCUGGCUGGCUGGCUGGCUGUCUCUGGCUGGCUGUUUGUCUCUGGCUGGCUGGCUGUCUCUCUCUGGCUGGCUGGCUGUCUCUCUCUGGCUGGCUGGCUGUCUCUCUGGCUGGCUGGCUGUCUCUCUGGCUGGCUGGCUGGCUGGCUGUCUCUCUGGCUGGCUGGCUGUUUGUCUCUCUCUGGCUGACUGGCUGUCUCUCUCUGGCUGGCUGGCUGUCUCUCUCUGGCUGGCUGGCUGUCUCUGGUUGGCUGGCUGUCUCUCUCUGGCUGGCUGGCUGUCUCUGGUUGGCCGGCUGUCUCUCUCAGGCUGGCUGGCUGGCUGGCUGUCUCUCUCUCUCUGGCUGGCUGUCUGUCUCUCUCUGGCUGGCUGUCUCUCUCUGGCUGGUUGGCUGUCUCUCUCUGGCUGGCUGUCUCUGGCUGGCUGUUUGUCUCUGGCUGGCUGGCUGUCUCUCUCUCUCUGGCUGGCUGGCUGUCUCUGGCUGGCUGGCUGUCUCUCUCUGGCUGGCUGGCUGUCUCUCUGGCUGUCUCUCUGGCUGGCUGGCUGUCUCGCUGGCUGGCUGGCUGGCUGUCUCGCUGGCUGGCUGGCUGGCUGUCUCUCUGGCUGGCUGGCUGGCUGGCUGUUUGUCUCUCUCUGGCUGGCUGGCUGUCUCUCUCUGGCUGGCUGGCUGUCUCUCUCUGGCUGGCUGUCUCUGGUUGGCUGGCUGUCUCUCUCUGGCUGGCUGGCUGUCUCUGGUUGGCUGGCUGUCUCUCUCAGGCUGGCUGGCUGUCUCUCUCUGGCUGGCUGGCUGUCUCUCUCUGGCUGGCUGUCUGUCUCUCUCUGGCUGGCUGUCUCUGGCUGGCUGGCUGUCUCUCUCUGGCUGGUUGGCUGUCUCUCUCUGGCUGGCUGUCUGUCUCUCUCUGGCUCGCUGUCUCUGGCUGGCUGGCUGUCUGUCUCUGGCUGGCUGUCUGUUGUAGAAAGUGUUGUGGUGUUGAUGUUUCUGUCUGAUGCAGGUGCCAAAGCAGAAAACUCCUCUCCCUCUACGAGCCACAUGAGGAAUUUAAGAGAGAGAGAAAGACGGGUACGAUGAAUAUUCACACAAACAUUGACACACACACAAGCGCGCGCACUUGUUCUAACCCUCCUGUGUGUUCAUUUGUCCAGGGCUCCCCUCAACAGGAGAAAAAGAAGCAACAACAAAAUGUGAUUUGAGUCCACAAGCAGGUCAGUGGUUUUUAUGUGUUUGUAGUUGAAUAUGUAUGAUUAUAAUUUCCUAUUAGCUUUUCAAAACCAAGGUCAAUGAGUAUGUUUACAUGCACACUAAUAAUUCGAUAUGAAUCUGAUUAUGGCAGUAGGCAGGUUAUGUAAUAGUCAUGGUAACACCUCCCUCUGCUGGUCAUAAUGGAAGGAAGAAUACGCCGAUUAAAACACCUGGUGUUCUGAGCCAUCAUUGGUAAACGCCAGAGUUCCAGCACUGUAUUUCACAUACAAACUUUAUAACUCAGAAUUAAAUAGUUUUCACAAAAAUAACAUUUUGAGUGGCGAUUUUCUGCAUUUAUCAAAGUCCCAUCAGUAGCCUGAUUUUCAGAUGUGUCCAUGUAAACAGGAUUAUUAGGGAAAUCAUUCUUCUUGCAAAGCAUGUAAACGUUUUAAUCGAACUAUUAUGUUCAUCUGAAUAUUCACAAUAAUUGUGUUAUUGUGUGCAUGUAACCAUAUGUGGCGGAGUGCUGCCAGGAAAAUAACCUCUCCCUCAACGUCAACAAAACGAAGGAGCUGAUCGUGGACUUCAGGAAACAGCAGAGGGAGCACGCCCCUAUCCACAUUGACGGGACCGCAGUAGGGAGGGUGGAAAGCUUCAAGUUCCUCGGCGUACACAUCACUGACAAACUGAAAUGGUCCACCCACACAGACAGUGUGGUGAAGAAGGCGCAUCAGUGCCUCUUCAACCUCCGGAGGCUAAAGAUAUUUGGCUAGGCCCUAAGACCCUCACAAACUUUUACAGAUGCACCAUUGAGAGCAUCCUGUCGGGCUGUAUCACCACCUUGUACGGCAGCCGAUGUGAGCAAGACCUUUAAGCAGGUCAACAUUCACAAGGCCGCGGGGCCAGAUGGAUUACCAGGACGUGUACUCAAAGCAUGCGCGGACCAACUGGCAAGAGUCUUUACUGACAUUUUCAACCUCUCCCUGACCGAGUCUGUAAUACCUACAUGUUUCAAGCAGACCACCAUAGUCCCUGUGCCCAAGAAUGCGAAGGUAACCUGCCUAAAUGACUACCGACCCGUAGCACUCACGUCUGUAGCCAUGAAGUGCUUUGAAAGGCUGGUCAUGGCUCACAUCAACAGCAUAAUCCCAGAAACCCUAGACCCACUCCAAUUCGCAUACCGCCCCAACAGAUCCACAGAUGAUGCAAUCUCAAUCACACUCCACACUGCCCUUUCACACCUGGACAAGAGGAACACCUACGUGAGAAUGCUGUUCAUUAACUACAGCUCAGCGUUCAACACCAUAGUGCCCUCAAAGCUCAUUACUAAGCUAAGGAUCCUGGGACUAAACACCUCCCUCUGCAACUGGAUCCUGGACUUCCUGACGGGCCGCCCCCAGGUGGUAAGGGUAGGCAACAACACGUCUGCCACACUGAUCCUCAAAACUGGGGCCCAUCAGGGGUGCGUGCUCAGUCCCCUCCUGUACUCCCUGUUCACCCAUGACUGCAUGGCCAGGCACGACUCCAACACCAUCAUUAAGUUUGCUGACGACACAACAGUGGUAGGCCUGAUCACCGACAACGAUGAGACAGCCUAUAGGGAGGAGGUCAGAGACCUGGCAGUGUGGUGCCAGGAUAACAACCUCUCCCUCAACGUGAUCAAGACAAAGGAGAUGAUUGUGGACUACAGGAAAAGGAGGACUGAGCACGCCCCCAUUAACAUCGACAGGGCUGUAGUGGAGCGGGUCGAGAGUUUCAAGUUCCUUGGUGUCCACAUCACCAACAAACUAUCAUGGUCCAAACACACCAAGACAGUCGUGAAGAGGGCACGACAACACCUAUUCCCCCUCAGGGGACUGAAAGGAUUUGGCAUGGGUCCCCAGAUCCUCAAAAAGUUUGACAGCUGCAUCAUCGAGAGCAUCCUGACCGGUUGCAUCACCGCCUGGUAUGGCAACUGCUCGGUAUCCGACCGUAAGGCGCUACAGAGGGUAGUGCGUACGGCCCACUACAUCACUGGGGCCAUCCAGGACCUGUAUACUAGACGGUGUCAGAGGAAAGCUCAAAAAAUUGUCAGACUCCAGCCACCCUAGUCAUAGACUGUUCUCUCUGCUAUGGCAAGCGGUACCGGACCGCCAAGUCUAGAACCAAAAGGCUCCUUAACAGCUUCUACCCCCAAGCUAUAAGACUGCUGAACAAUUCAUCAAAUGGCCACCCGGACUAUUUACAUUGACCCCCCGCCCCUUUUGUUUUUACACUGCUGCUACCCGCUGUCUAUUAUCUAUGUAUAGUCACUUUACCCCUACCUACAUGUACAAACUACCUCGACUAACCUGUGCCCCCGCACAUUGACUCUGUACCGGUACCCCCUGUAUAUAGCCUCCCUACUGUUAUUUCCCAUUGACUCUGUACCGGUACCCCCUGUAUAUAGCCUCUGUACCGGUACCCCCUGUAUAUAGCCUCCCUACUGUUAUUACACAUUGACUCUGUACCGGUACCCCCUGUAUAUAGCCUCUGUACUGGUACCCCCUGUAUAUAGAAUCUGUACCGGUACCCCCUGUAUAUAGCCUCUGUACCGGUACCCCCUGUAUAUAGCCUCUGUACUGGUACCCCCUGUAUAUAGCCUCUGUACCGGUACCCCCUGUAUAUAGCCUCUGUACUGGUACCCCCUGUAUAUAGCCUCUGUACCGGUACCCCCUGUAUAUAGACUCUCUACUGUUAUUACACAUUGACUCUGUACCGGUACCCCCUGUAUAUAGCCUCUGUACUGGUACCCCCUGUAUAUAGACUCUGUACCGGUACCCCCUGUAUAUAGCCUCUGUACCGGUACCCCCUGUAUAUAGCCUCUGUACCGGUACCCCCUGUAUAUAGCCUCUGUACCGGUACCCCCUGUAUAUAGCCUCUGUACCGGUACCCCCUGUAUAUAGCCUCUGUACUGGUACCCCCUGUAUAUAGCCUCUGUACUGGUACCCCCUGUAUAUAGCCUCGUUAUUGUUAUUUUGUUACUUUUUAUUAUUUUUAACUUUUUUCCCUCACUGUAUGUAUGUAUGUAUGUAUAUACAGUGAGGGAAAAAAGUAUUUGAUCCCCUGCUGAUUUUGUACGUUUGCCCACUGACAAAGACAUGAUCAGUCUAUAAUUUUAAUGGUAGGUUUAUUUGAACAGUGAGAGACAGAAUAACAACAACAAAAUCCAGAAAAACGCAUGUCAAAAAUGUUAUAAAUGUAUUUGCAUUUUAAUGAGGGAAACGCUCACUAACAGGGAUGUAAACACAUUUGUGGCCAAAAUAACAUUUUGAUUUGAUUUACUCAAUGUUUCAGGACCUUACAGCAGCAUUCCUCGAUGGUCAGUGCAUCUCUUCCUUGCUGUCUUCCAUAAUGCUGUCUUGCGUCCACCUGUGUUCCAGGCAGUCUAGCCAGCAGGCACAUGGGUCGGUCUGAUCCCAGUGGACCGAAGACCAGAGAGCGAGGAGGAGAGAGACGGAGGAGGCAGCGCUCAACCUCUGGGUUCUACUCUACUCCCUCUGAGCUCUGGACAAAACCUCCAGUCCACCAGCCUGAAUCUAGAACACCCGAAACC